ACUUCCUCUAUAAAAAGGCUAAUGAAUUGUUAAGAUACUCAUACACUCACAUUAACACCCAGAGACACUAAACACCGUCUGAAAAAUGGUACGGACUACGAUGCAGUCUUCUAUGGUAGGGGAGAUUGAGACAACUAUUGAGAUCAAAGCUCCCGCCCAGAAGUACUACCACAUGCUCACUGGAAAACCAAACGAUCUUCCGAAAGCCAGUCCUGAAAACCUCCAGAGAUGUGAUGUGCUCGAGGGAGAGCCUGGAGAAGUUGGAAGAAUUCUCUUCUGGAACUACGUCACCGAUGGACAGCCAAAGGUGAUGAAGGAGAGGAUCGAUGCACUGGAGCCGGAGAAGAAUCUGAUGGUGGCUAGGGUUAUUGGGGGAGAUCUAAUGAAUGAGUUCAAGAACUUCUUCCUCACUAUUCAGGCGACCCCGAAACAAAGAGGACCUGGAAGUUUGGUUAAGUGUCACCUGAAGUAUGAGAAGAUUGAUAAGAAGGUGGCUGACCCAGAGGACAUACUCGUGCUGUUUGUCAAUGCCUCCAGGGGCAUGGACAAAAUGCUUUCUUCUGAAUUCUAGAGGAUUCUUCAGAUAUCUAUUCAUCAUCUAUCAGUCUAUCAUCUAUCCGUACAACUAUGUAUCUAUCUAUAUAUUGUGUCUGGGUGUUAAGCUUAUAUUUAUCAAUAAUGUGCUCUCUAUAUGAUUGAAGAGAUCUAAUAUUAUGCAAGUAUGUCAUAAUCAUAUAUACAUGAUUUCUAGUGUGUUACGUAUCUUUGAAGUUAUAAGUUGUAAACUGUAACUUGUGUGUUGCAAUGAUAUUUCUUCUUGACUGGUGAGAA